AUGUUAUAUGAACGCUUUACCUCGCAGGUGCGAAAUCUAGAGUCAAAGGAUGACCGAUGCCUGGCUGUGGAAAGAGAGGUUGCACCAUCAAUGCGCAUUGUGCGCGCUGGAUACCUAGCAAGUGAGAAGGCUUGCCGUAGAAUGCGUGCUGCUUUGCUCAAACUUAUCUUGGCAGACACGAUUUCAGACAAUAUCGACGGGGGUUUGAUAAAUAACCCCUCGCGUAUUCAGGAAGUUAUACCCAUGGCUGCUUCACUGUUAGCACGGCCCGCCAUCCAGGACAAGGUGGUGGGGAUUUUAGCACUCGAGUAUGCAGACCCGCCGCUAGUUAUAUGGGAACACUUUCUCCUUAACUCAGUCUGCAGGGAACUGAGCACGUCUGGCUCUAGUGACGGAGCACGAAUAAUGCUCGGAUAUCUCGCUAGGAGUAUGCCACGAACAGAAUCCUUGAUUGAAGCUGUUGUUCCCGAAGCACUGUCUUUACUUAGAAAAGGCGGCCCUCAGACAAUUGUCCCCUGCUAUGUAUUCUUAGGAUCCCUCACUGACUACAAAAGUCAAUUUUUGAGGGUCUCGUUUGCUAAGGCCAUACACGCUAUUGAGGACGAUAUGGAUCUUAUUGAGUCCGGGAGUCUUUCAUGGAAACUUAUACAGGGCUCCGUUUUCUUCGCAACACGCUUAUUGUCCACUGAUUACUACUCCCAGCUUGUUACUGACACAUACCUGAUGAAGCUUCUAAAUGUAUGGGACAACAUUACAGAAGGUUCCUGGCCACGGUCGUUCGAUUUCUAUCAUGGAGUGCUUAAUCCAUUCCUUCAGCUUGCAGUGAUAAAGCUUCUAGGCUCCCAGAUUUCUCGUCUCCCAUCCGAGGCAAUUGCCACUUUUCAGAAGGUAAUCUGGAGAUACCUGCGUGCUCCCAGAAUGCAAGUUACAGAGGGGCCUGAUAACUCGCCGGAUGAGCAUUACAGCAAUAUCCGGGCAGGUAUGCUAAUAGAAUGCAGCAUGACGGUCAUUCUUAACAGAUGUCUUCACACGCCUGAGCUCCUGGAGGAUGUCUUCCCAAGGAUUUUUCAUCUCGUUGCAUCGCCAGGAGGGAAGCGUUCUCUCAUGAUAGGCUUUAACAGGCUAGCCGACGUCCUGCAAAGUUCUCCAGACCUCUCUGUUUAUCUUCCUAAGUUGAGACCUACUAUCACGCCCAUUAUUUCCAACCUUGCAAACGGCAGCGAUAACACAGUUGCACAUGCAGGCUGCCGUCUGGCGCUGGCAUUGAUGGAGACUAACAUGUUAAAUCCUCAGGUAGUGGUUCUAGCGGUAACUCAGUGCAUAGAUAGAUUUUCAUUCGACUAUGAGACAAAGACAAAGUUUCUGAUGGAGGCUGUAGACCUUCUGCGAACACGGCUGACCUCUAACCCAGAGACAACUACAAUGAUGAUAUUCUUUGUAAUCAAUAAGAUGGGUUUCUUGUCCCUCAGUUGGAUGAGAGAGACAGCAGGUUUCUGUUAUAGAGAAUACGGCUGUGAUCCAGCAAAGGCCCCCGGCAUCCUCACCUUGUUUGGUCGAGCGCUACACCAAUAUCACAGCUAUAAUGUCUUGCUAAUCGUCUUACUAACUGUAAGCGAGAUGCUUUAUUCUUCCAUUGACAUCUUUCUGACUUCGACAGCAACGUAUAUUAGCCUUGACAAUCUUCGAAAUGUCUUUCAGCAGAUUGCAGCCACGUACACCGACACGCACAUGGGAAGGCAGGCGAUCAUUCGCGAUGGAUAUGCUACUUUGUGCCUAGUUAUCCUUGCCCUCAACAGUGCAUCUCUUGAGCCUAUAGAGACUUUGGUGCAGUCUCUAGGAUUGCACACAUCAUCUACCCAGCAGACAACUCUGAAAAAACUACUCAGCGAGUCGCGCACUGCAGAAGAUGCCCUCUCAAUGCUGCGUAACGAUGUUCUUUUAAGUGUAGAUAAAGCAUUUACUUUAGAGUCGAACGGAUGGUUGAUAAACUAA